AUAAAAUUAAUUGUCAAUAAUAUAUUUUGAAUAUGCAGAUCAAUGUAUAUCUAUUGGCUGCUGGAUUUCUCAUUUUGUGUAACAAUUAUGAUUCCAUAUCAGGAAGUCCAAUACAUGGAGUAAAUGUUCGAUUUGCUGAUCCAGGAGAAUUUCCUUACGUUGUAUCUAUUAAACGUUCUAAUGAUACUAACCCACAACCAGAAACUGAUCAUGUUUGCUCAGGAGUUCUCGUUACACAUAAAGAUGUUUUAUCAACAGAAAGUUGUCUGCUAUGUUUCUUUAAUGAGAUGCCUGAAAUAAUGGUGGGAAGUAACAAUAUCAGAGAAGGUACAAAGCACUACGUACUUUGGUGGUUAACUUAUAAUCAGUGGAAUAAUAUACGACAAGCACGGCGAGCGAUUUUGAAUUCCGUUAUAAUAUUAAGGCUAAACGAAACCGUUGAUUAUGACAUCCGACCAAUAGAAACAGUCAGCAUUCCACAAGGAGUGUUACGUCAUCUUAGAGGCCAAGUUCCAGCAUUUGGUAGAGAAAUUCGUGACCAUAUAUCCAAUUGGAUGGAAACUGCUGAUCUGACAGUCAUGACUAAACGUGAAUGUGAACACAGAUUUGCAAGACAGUAUUUAGACUUUAGAGUUACAGAAAAUUUCUUUUGUGCUAUUGCCAAUCCGGUUGCUCUCAUGAGUAAGGGUAACAGAGGAGCACCACUUGUGCAAAAUGGAAGGUUAAUAGGAAUUUAUAAAGAAUUAUAUCCCGAUAUACCCGAAGAAUAUCAUCCAAGCAAAGUGAACCUUUUCAUGUUUGUUUCAUUCUUCAUAGAUUUUAUAUUAGAUAUCAAUGUAUAUCUAUUGGCUGCUGGAUUUCUCAUUUUGUGUAACAAUUAUGAUUCCAUAUCAGGAAGUCCAAUACAUGGAGUAAAUGUUCGAUUUGCUGAUCCAGGAGAAUUUCCUUACGUUGUAUCAAUUAAACGUUUUAAUCCUGCAAAUCCUCAACCUGAAACAGAUCACGUUUGCACAGGAGUUCUUAUUUCACAUAAAGAUGUUUUAACAGCUGAAAGUUGUUUGAACUCUUUCUUGAAUCAGGUGCCUGAAGUAAUAGUGGGAAGCAACAACAUCAGAGAAGGUUCAAAGCACUACGUACUUUGGUGGUUAACUUACCGUGAAUGGUGUCGUCAAAGAGGCAGAUUUCAUCGUUUUUCCAUAAAUGAUGUUUCAAUAUUAAGGUUAAAUGAAUCCGUCAGCAUAAAUAUUCAACCAAUAGAAAUAGCAAUUAUGCCAGAUGCAGCAUUAAAUGGAUUAAUUGUUCAUGUCGUAGCCUUCGGUAGAAGAAUUAGAGAUCAUAUAUCCAAUCUGAUGGAAACGGUUAUUAUGAAAAUUGUAGCAAGACGAUCGUGUGAACGUCGAAUUACAAGAGAAAGCCAUCCCUUUCCAAUUACGCCUAAUUUAAUAUGCGUUGUUGCUAAUCCAAUUGCGAUAAUGCAUGAUGUAAGUAUCAUUUAA